AAACAACUUGUGUUGCCCUAGCUAACUAGGUUCCUGCCGCUUCUCCUUUUCUCUUCCCAGUUUGAACUUCUUUUUCUCCAUGAUUUCUCUGAAAAUGCAAGUGAUGUAAUCUUCAAGAAGAUUCAGAGAUUUAUUUCCGUAUCCGUGUGAUGGAUUUGGUAAAUAGGAAGCUAAUGAAGAAGGGACAUUGCAUUAGCAAUGUAAUUGGAGGAGAAGAAGAUAGGAUAAGUUCAUUGCCUGACUCACUUAUUUAUCACAUCCUUUCCUUUCUUGACAAUUUCAAGUGGGUUGCUCGUUCUAGCGUAUUAUCUAAACGAUGGAGUCACAUUUGGACAUCUAUCCCAAUCCUCGACUUUCGACUCUCCCCCUACAAUCCUCCUGUUUCUUCAGAGCUCAUUAAUUUUAUGGAUUUUAUAGAUAGAACUUUGUUUCUUCACAAUGAUCUCUCAAAUAUAAAGAAAUUCUCUCUCCGCUGGUUUUGGACCUCGAAUCAGAUGACUGCUCGUAAGAUGAAUUCAUGGAUCUCUACCAUCAUAAAGCAUAACGUUGUUGAACGGAUCAGUCUUUUGUUAUACCGACUCCCAAAUUCUAUUCCUGUGGCUCUUUUUACUUGUGAAUCUCUAGUUACUUUAAAGCUGAGUGUACCGGAAAUCUGUUUUCCCAAGUACAUCUCUUUUCCAAGGCUCAAACGUCUUAAGCUUUGUAAUUUUGAAUUCAACGGUGAAGGCUCGAAUGAGCAGCUCUUUUCCAGUUUGCCCGGUGCUGGAAGAUUUGAAUCUGAAAUACUGCACUUUUCGUGUGAAGAUUUUUUGUAUUUCGAUUCCUACAUUGAAAUUCUUGAAAUUAAGUAGUACUUAUGAAGUAGAAGAUUGUUUACAAGAUUGCUCUCUCAAGAUUCAUGCACCUGGUCUCGUAUCUCUAUUGUGCCAGAGUAAUGUUCCAAAGGAAUUCAUCUUGUCUACUCCAGCAUUAGUUGAAGCAGAGGUUGCAGUUUUGUUAAACGAUUAUUAUGUUCCAACAACGGAGCAAAGGAUCGGUGAUGCUGAAACUAUAAGUAGAUUUCUUCGAGCGCUUACACAUGUAAGACGUCUAUCUGUUUCCGAACGAACACUACAGCUCCUGUUCUUUGCAGAUAAUAAGUUAAAAAAUUUGCCAACAUUCCAUAAUGUCAAACAGUUGACUAUAACUGAGGAAGUAGACAGUCAUGAACUAUUUAUUGCAUUACUCAAAGCAACACCAAAUCUGGAGUCACUCGUAUUUGAUAAUUUGGUUACUACGUCUUACCCUGCGAGGAAGGUCGAUAUGGUUAACAUUGGAUGUUUAUUUAGUCGUCUUAAGUUUAUUUGCUUUCGGCAAUUUAUUGGCAAGCCGAGGGAGAUGAAGUUGGUGAAACUGAUUUUGAAGAAUGCAAAGCAUUUACAAACAAUGAUUAUCUCAUAUGGAGCUGAAACUUCAAUUUGCAUGGAUGACCGAAAAAGCAAAGAAGAGCUUAUGGUAGAGGUACCAAAUAUUCCAAGAGCCUCUUCAAGUUGUUUGUUUAAAUUCUCCUCUUUUUUUUUUACUCUUUUGUAUGACGAUGAAUUGAUACCGACUUGAUUCGGCACCUAUUCACGAUAACAUGACGUUCUAUCUUUAAGUUGUUUUAUCUGAGUUAGAAUCUUUGAAUUGGGGGAUUGAGUUGAAACAGGCACUACUAGUAGUAGUUUUUAUAUAAGAAGAACUCAAUGUAGUUGUUUUCUGAUGUUUGUUAAUUUUCUGAUGUUAUUCGGU